UCCCCAAGCACAUGGUCAAUAGAAGCCUUGAAUCGCGUUCGGUCAUGGUUAAAGACUUGCACGACCUCUCAUGACAAUUGUGCAGGUUCUGAUACCGUCAGUAGGCUUCCACGAAGGCUGAUAGACGUCAUGUCAAGUCAGUUCAUCCGUGCUUGGCCAAUGGAUGAGCUUGGAGAAGAAGAAUUCGAUCUCCUCGGCCUACGAAACUUUCCCAACGUCCGCAUCGUGUCGUCGAGUUCUCUACCUCAUGACACGCCAUAUUUCACUCUUAGCCAUAAGUGGGGGAACCCGUCGAGCAUUCUACUCACUAAGAAGACCGAUUACCUUCUGAGCGAAGAUAUAACUCCCCACCUCCUGAAUAGCAGCGAGUCAGCCGUGUUCGGGCAUGCAAUCCAUAUCACGAGAGCCCUGGGCUAUCGCUACAUCUGGAUUGACGCUUUGUGCAUCAUGCAAGAUGACGGACCUGAGAAGAUUGAAGACGUCAUGAACAUGGACGAGGUCUACUCCAAAUGCACGCUCAACAUCUCGGCGUCAGAAGGACGGACCAGGGAGGGUCUGGCCUUUGAUCGGAAACUUGACCGAAUCAACCCCUGUCGAGCAACCGUCACAAUGCCAGAGUCCGAAGAGGAGGUGCAACUUCAUUCCUUCUCCGACAAGUAUUUUCUGCGAGCUCUUGAGAAGCCGCUUAAUAGGCGUGGCUGGGUUUUCCAAGAACGAAUACUUGCACCACGCAUCGUUCACUUCACCAACGAACAAGUCUUUUGGGAAUGCCACUCUCUCACCGCAACCGAAACCCUGCCACAGGGACUCUCGGGUACCUCGCAGCUUGGCAAGGGCCACAGAAUCUCUUCACUGCUACCAUUGGACGAACUAAGAUACAAAUGGUACGAUGAGACCAUGUCGGGUUAUUCUGCAACCUCCCUCACAUUCGGCGAUGACCGUCUUCUCGCUAUCUCGGCUGUAGCGAAGCAGUUUUGCGCAGCAAUGCAGCGAGACCCUUCAAAGUAUUUGGCAGGCAUAUGGGAAGACGAUUUGCCUGCCUCAUUGCUCUGGGGCGAAGAUCAUCGGCCAAGAAUGGGCGGAACUGGGCCGCCAGCGAGGAUCAUUAAUGAGAUGAAGAACGCGCCUUCGUGGUCGUGGGCCUCUAUCUUGGGGCCAGUUGUAUGCACUCUUCCCACUUACCAGAAAGUGGCCGCCGAGGUUCUGGAAGUUCACCCAAAACGGUCAUCACCGAACUUCUUCGAUGGCAUGGACUCUUGCCGGCUGCGUCUUCGAGGUUCGAUGUGCAAGAUUACGCGGGGUAUCCAGAACGACGAGACUUGGAUAUACAUGGCACAGUGCCCUGUAUUCCAGGAAUACAGUCAGUUUGGCUUCCAUGCAGGGAAGGCUAUAACGGUUCAAUGGGACGUUUCUCGGCGGGCGAUAGCGAAAUACCUGACGACUUUCAAGGAGGACCCUUCCCCACCAGAGUUCUUCCUGCUCUGUAUCAGUUCGAUGCCGCUGGAGAAUCGUUCCAUGGAGAGUGGGAUCGUUCUCAAAAAGACCGCUGAGAAGGGCACGUUUAGUCGUGUAGGACGGUUCUCGUUUGGGCUCGAGGGCGAGGCUGCAAGGUUAGAAUUUGAGGAUGCGUUCAAGAGUGGUCGUGGGGCUUUGAGUGAGGAUGACUAUAUUCAAUCUGAGUCAGAUGGGAAGUAUACGGUUGAUCUCAUUUGA